GCCUCCCCAUCACUUCCGGCCCUCCGUUCCACGGCCUCCCAGGUGAUAACAUGGAUUGAAGCGGGGUGGCAUGCUGGAGGUUCGCUAUACGGUUUUCUUCUAAUUGUCCUAAUACGUCGAGUGCGAUCACUCAGUUCAACACCAACCGCAAUGCUCGACAACGCUUCGCCCGCUGGUAUACGGGUGAACACGAUCGUCCUUGCGUUCACACUCGUUGCCGGAACGAUAGUCUUUCUGCGAUUAUUCACCAGAUUAGUGUUGACCAAAGGAGCUGGUCUGGAGGAUGUGUUCAUUGCCUUUGCUAUGGCUCUGUCGAUUGGCCUUGCUGUGUUGACUUCGGAAGAGGUCAUGCAUGGCCUUGGGGAGCAUGUGUAUGAUCUCUCUGAAAACGAUGUUAUCAUCGCCUUGAAGAUGUUCUGGGCCAGCCUUUGGGUUUACAACCUCGCACUCACUAUGACCAAGAUCUCAAUCCUCGUUCAGUACAUCCGUAUCUUCCCACCACGUCACUUCCGCUGCGCAUGCUACGCUAUGCUGUGCAUAGUCGUCGCAUGUGGUGCAUGGGGCGUCUUCGGUAAUGUCUUUCUGUGCCACCCUAUCAACUUCUUCUGGGACAAGGCUGUAAAGGGUGGGUAUUGUAUGAACGACUACAUUAUAUGGUUCACCACAGCUGGGUUGAACAUUGGACAGGAUGUGAUCAUCCUGUUCAUGCCCAUUCGAGUCAUUCGGAGUCUGCAGAUCAGCAAGAGCCAAAAGAAGGGUCUCAUCACCAUGUUAGCCCUUGGUGUCAGUGUCAUCGUAGUCUCGACCGUUCGACUAUACACCCUCGACAACCUCGCAAACUCCGAAGACCAGACGUUCGACAACCCCGAUCAGGCCACACUCUCCGGCGUGGAAGUCAACGUCGGCAUCAUCUGCGCCUGCCUCCCAGCAAUGCGACCGCUCUUCGCCGUCAUGAUGCCCAAGUACUUCUCCUCAGCAACCGCAUACACCGCCACUCUCCCAAACGACAUCGAGCGCCCCAAGGAGAUCCGCAACGACUCCGUCAGCACCCGUGUAGGGACCCCUUCAAAGUCCACCAUCAUCCCUUCCACCCAUGCCGCCAGCAGCCAAGCCUCCCUGGACCUACGCCCGCACCCCUCCGCCUCCAGCCAGCGCACCCAAUCCCGCAACCCCAGCACCGCCCACUCCCGGAGCGCCAGCACCGCCUCGCGCGCCCCCAGCACCCUCUCCAUCUCCACCACAUCCCGCACCGCCGGCCCCUUCCACGGCUCCGCCCUAAACCCCCUCCGCAUGUCCCCCGUAACCCCCUUCGCACCGCCCGCCUCACUACGCCUAAGCCACCUCGCCGAAGACGACAUCGCCCUCCUCGGACCCGGCGCCUACACCCGCCGCCCCAGCGACGCAAGCAUCAGCCUCAGCCUGCCGCGCUCGUACGGCAGCCGCCGCAGGUCUCGCUCACAAGCCAGCACCAAGCCGCUCCCGCUCACGCCGUUCCCUGUCGCCGGCCACCAGUGGACCCAGCUCACCGCCAUCCCGCGCCCGUCGACGCCGCUGGCGCCGCUGCUGAAGCCGGCAGAGGCGGCGGCUAGCAAGGGCCGUGCGACGUCCGACGAUGCGUGACUGCUGAGUAUCUACUCGAAGUACGGGGCUGCGCGGUCGGAUCGGUCGGCGCGCAGUUCGUGCUGAGGCGCGAUGAGACGAGACGAGGUGGUAAAAGGAGAGGUAUGAAGGGAGGAGCUGGACAGGGCACACAUAGACGGGAGCAACAACGAUACCCCAGAUGUUUACGUGGUACAUUCUUUUACGACACCGGCGCGGUGCGGCGUUUCUGCGGCUUUGUACAACAUCAGCGUUUCUUUGCGUUUACGUCAUCGGGUUGUGGGUUUCGGCGCUGUGGUAUUU